AUGCAAGCCGCCACCAAGCCAGCUUGGGCUGCUGCUGGCGUCAGCAAGACUGCCACCACCACCACCACCACCACCGCCCCAACAGCAGCAGCAGCAGCAGCAGCUACCACCAGCCAUGGUAACAGCGAUCUGCGCCUCCGCGCCGCCACGGCCGCCGACCUCGACGACAUUGUGCGGAUCGUCAAGGCGGGCUUCCCCGACGACCCGGAGUGGGACUACCGAUACCCGUACCGCGACGAGUACCCGGAGGACUAUGACUACUGGAUGCGCAGGGAGUACGGGGACUACCUCGCGCAGACGGACAAGUUUGCCGUCGUUGUAGCCACUUUGCCGGAAUUAGCAGCAGCAUCAUCACCAUCAGAACAAAUAGGUGAAUGUGGGACCCGUGACGUCCCCGUCGCGGUGGCAGUAUGGGACGUAGCAGUGACAAAGGACAGUCGCGGUGACCUGGGCAUUGGCGAGCGCAAAGACGCCAACACCGUACACAUGCUCGCCCUCCUGCACGCGUUCACCGCCGCGGCGAGGCGCUACUUCUCGCGCCACUGGGAGCGGCAGUACCACCUGUGGGCGCUGGUCACGCACCCGGACUACCGGCGGCGCGGGGCGGGCACCGCGCUCGUGCGCUGGGGCACGCGGGCCGCGCGGGAAAAGGGGGGCUGGGCGGCGAGCGUCAUUGCGAGCAGCCCCGCGGGUAAGCGUCUGUACGCGUAUUGUGGGUUUGAGGAGCUUGGGGAGGUGGUGGUGCAGAUCGAGGGCGAGGAGGAGAAGUGUGUGGUUUGGUGUAUGGACUGGGUGUUGCCGAAGGUGGAGGAGGAGGAGGAGGAGGUCAAUGGAGAUUGGAUGGAGAAGAAGCUGGGGAAUACGGACAGAUUUCUGCCAGACACGUGA